GUAGGUGUUAAAUUUAAUUGAUUUUCCAGAACAUUACGUUACUGUCAAGGUUUAGCGAAUCUUGUGAUGAUAUCGGAGAAUGUCACAAUGAUGACAAGUUAAAUGAUUUUCGAGCUAUUAAUAAUGUCCCUUAUCAAUGCGCUAUGUAUAGUUUUUGUCCUGACCAAUGCUGCCCUUUACGACGAGCAGCGCAUCCGACAGAAUGUCAAGAGGUGAAUCCAUGUCGAAAUUCUAUGGUUGAAGAUAGAUGCACAUUUAUUCGGAGCCAUAACACCUGGUUAUCAUCUAUCAUAUAUAAUGAAUGGAAUGUGUCAUGUAAUUGCAAUCCUGGAUAUGAAUGGGAAUCAAGAUAUGGUAUAUGUAUUGAUAUAAAUGAGUGUACGAAAAAUUCUGAUUUGUGUGAUAUCAAGACUGAAACUUGUAUAAAUCUUCCGGGACGCUACAAGUGUAUUUGUCGCUGGAGCUUCCAGUGGUCAACAGAACAGCAAAUCUGUGUCCCGGAUAUAUUAGUGAAGAGUGCGGAAAUCCGAUACGGUCUGCGUUAUAAACGUGAUAUGAUAACUUAUAAGUCAUCUUCAGUUACCAACAUGACUAAUUUCAUUUGGAAUUUUAUCAUAAAUGUUUGGAAUCAAGUUCGUCAUAGUAUUGACGCAUAUAAAGUAGUAUAA